CCACCCCUGACCACCCACCGCUUGUUCCACCAGCUCCUCCCUGGCCUCCUGCUUCUGCUCUGGCUUCCCGCCAGCCUGGCUCGCCACAGCCCCUCACUGCUGGUGGGGGCCCACACCCACCCCCACAGCCCUGGCACCCUGCGCUGCUACUCCUCCGAGGAGCUGCCCCUGGGCCACGCCCCCCCACACCUGCUGGCCCGAGCUGCCAAGUGGGAGCAGGCGUUGCCAGUGGCCCUGGUGUCCAGCCUGGAGGCGGUAGGCCGCAGGAGGAGGCACGCGGGGGCCCCGGCCGGGACUCAGUGCCCCGUGCUGCAGCCGGGGGAGGUGCUGGAAGCUGACGUCCACCAGCGCUCCAUCUCUCCCUGGAGAUACCGUGUGGACACGGACGAGAGCCGCUACCCACAGAAGCUGGCCUUCGCCGAGUGCCUGUGCCGGGGCUGUAUCAGCGCCAAGACGGGCCGCGAGACGGCCGCACUCAACUCAGUGCCGCUGGUCCAGAGCCUCCUGGUGCUACGCCGCAGGCCCUGCUCCCGGGAUGCCACGGGGGUGCCCACGCCUGGGGCCUUCACCUUCCAUGCUGAGUUCAUCCGCGUGCCUGUGGGCUGCACCUGCGUCCUGCCCAGGUCGGCCCGGUGA